AUGCCCUCGACUGAUCCUACGAAGAAUGUCAGCGACUCGGGCGGCACCAACACGGGCGCGAUUGUUGGUGGUGUCGUCGGUGGUGUCGUCGGUGCCCUUGCGCUGGUCGCUCUUGGAUUUUUGGCAUUGUGGUGGUAUCGUCGCAGGAACGGCCAACGGGCGGCCGAGAUGGCGCAGAGUCAGUCUUCCUACGGCCCUGAUAGCCACAGCCCAGUUUCGUAUCUGCCUGGGCAGAACUCGGGCUUUGAUCCGUCGCCUUCGGGUGGCUUAGGCGGCGGCGCAACGCAGUUUGCUACCAACCGCUCUGCCGCUCCCGCAGCAGCUGCGGCCGGCGCCGGCGCGGUCGCAGGCACUGCGGGGCUUGCUGGUGCCGGUGCGGGCGUCGCUGCUGCGCGUCGUCAUGCACCAGCACCAACACCAGCAUCCGCAGCAGCACCAGCACCAGCACCAGCAGCACCAGCAGCACCAGCAGCACCAGCACCAGCAGCAGCACCAGCACCGUCACGGCAGCGUACGGCGUCGCCAAUCUCCGAGUCGUUCAGUGGCAAUGGACUUGCAGCAUCGGCUGACGAAUAUGCUGGCGCGCAGCCACCCGCAAGAAACAUGUUGCAACGUCGCGCCGCCCCUGCAGGCCACGGCCGCGACCCUCAAGUCCAGGAUGCACGAGAGGUAUUUUACGAUUCACAUGUGGACGACUGGCCUAACACGUACAUGGAUGGCUGGAAUGCCGAUCAGAGCCCGUACGCUGCCGCAGGUGUUGGCCACACAUAUGAGGACGAGCCUCCGCCCCCCAUGGCAUUCCACAUGCGCCCGGGCCAGAUUGUGCCUUCUUCCGCGAUGGGCGUAUCGCCUGUGAGCGCAUUUACGCAAAAUUACAUCCCAUCCAAUACGAAUGGACGGGUCUCGCGCUCAGCGCGCUUGCCGCGCGAUGCGUAG